GCUUUCAUAAUUGAAAUAUUCUCACCCAAGAUUCAUCUGCACUCCAAAUCUUCUAAUCACUUUCAAAUCUAAUUUUCCUUUCCACUAGACAUUUCCAAGAAAACAAUGCUCAACGCCUCUGAUAGUCCACCUCUAACCCCGAAAAUAGUUUCGAGCUUUGGGUAUUCUCUGGUAGCAAUUUCUAAUGGAUUUUUUCUUCUUCAGCCCUCUCUCGAUCUUGAAAAAACUUUACCGACACCGCCCAACACCUUUGCUGAUUCGAAAUGCGAUGUACUUCGUCUCUCUUGUUCAUGGUUAAACCCUAAUCUUUUUCCCAAUUCUCUCAUUCAAUUGCUGCAAAUAGAUACCGUUUACCACCCAUGGGUGGAAAGGAUGUUGAAAGCUCGCGAAAAGGAAUGUCACGCUUCCGGUAUCUAUGAUAUAGUAAGAAUUUCACUCCUUCUUCCUCCUUGCUCAGUAGACAUGUUAGCAAGCUUGAUUGGGUUUUGGAAUAGUGAGAUUAGCAUUUUUCUCUUCCUGUGUGGUCCAAUGUCUCCUUCAUUGUUGGAUGUUGCCGUGAUCUUAGGACUGCUUGUAGAUGGUCGCGAGCUACCCUUGGCGUCCUUAGAUUAUCCUAGUCCAUGGGAAUUUGAUUUUACAGGAGGUAGUGGCAAUAUGAAAACUUAAGUGACCAGGAAUCAAAAGAAGGGCAAAGUGAAACGCGAAGAAAAGAUGGCCUUCUUAAUGUAAUGAUACUCUCUCAUUUUUAUCUGCACCACGGCUAAAGGCGUAGCCCGAAAAUGCGAAGCUUUAAUGAAAGCACUAAUAUCGGGUCAACGCUUCACCCUUGCUUCCACAUUCCUAUCUCAUUUAUACCUUUGAUUGAAUCAAUUAUUGGACCAGUGUGCAACAGGAAAACCGCCUUCAACUUCAUCCAGUCCUUUAUGAUUUCUCUCAUUGUGGUUACUUUUGUAUUUCCCUGACCUUUAUAGUGACUCCACUCCCACUCCUUGAUUCCAACCUAACCGCCUAUAUGGCUACUCUCUAAUCCAAACCACACUUCCCCGCAAAAAUGCCUUUGAGAUAGUCAACUCUCUCUUAGCCCAAUCAAAUCGCCCUAGCUCUUUUCUAUGCCCUCUAUCUGAUCGAAUUUGCGGACCAUCAUGGUUCACCGGAAACUUGAAAAAGGCUCCAAACUCAGCCUCUCUUUCAAAUACAUCUUGGUUUAGCGUAUUGACAACCCGCCCCUUAGCUAACGGUCUCCGUGUGAAAUCUCAUUCCUAUCGCAUCAAGCUUGAAUCAUAUCUACCUCAGUAAUGUGCACGACAACUUUGUUUGACUCAAAGUAUUCCAAUUCCCUCUCUCUUCAUUGGUCUUCCACUCUCGCCAUGUGUAUGGGAUGAUGGGUUGACAGAAGCAGAUAUUCUCCUUUGUGAAGAAAUCGGGUCUUGUAUGCACACUUUCGAGAACAUUAGUUUCGAUAUGUCACCCAAGGAAACUGCUCAUUUCAAAGAUUGGUGGACUCAUAUGUGGAGCUUAGCCUUUCCCGAAUUAGUUCAUACCUAUUUGGGAUGGCUGAUCGAUGUUCAAUCCGAGUCCGAAAGUUCAACCCGAUUGUAUAACGAUACACGAUCCCCUGCUCCUUUAUCUCCAGCUUUGGUGGCUAACCUUUCUGAUUUGCCUUCUCGCCAAAUAAUUUGGCGAUCAACACGCCAAACAAAACUUCCAGCUCCACCAUCGUCUGGGGAAAAGACAAAACGUAGCACUAACCAUUUUUUCUCAAUCAAAGACCAUUUCCAAGAAACCCAAAGGAACGCCACCUCAGGCUGCUUACAGUUCUUUUGAUCCUAUUCCGGCUGCUCCCCAAACUAUUCCAGCAAUUAUUCCGGCUGAAACAGUAGUCAAGGAAUACUUCCAGUCUACCACCCAAAAAGGACCUACUCCACACCUUUCAACACUGAGCUGCUUCAGAACCAAUCUUUCUUCCAUGCAACACCAUCUUCAAGAAUUCUCUUCUAGCCUCGAAGCUCUAACUUCAAUCUGUUUGGCCCUAAGUGAUAUUGCCAAACUUGCUCCUACACAGGCAUCCCAAAUUUUAGCGCUUGCAUCUCAAAUAUGGGAAAUGGGACAACGACGCCAACUCCUCCAGGAUCUAAGGAAAAAAAUCAAAGAUGCUCUAGCUCGAUUAUCUACCCUGCGAGGUAACAAACAAGCUAUCUUCCAGAACUUCGAAAAGGUAGAAAAGUAUAUUUCAGCCAAAAAAAUUCAAUUAGCUUCUUUUCAACAUAAGGAAAUGGUAAUACAAGAUGAAUUAUUGCGGGUGCAAACUCGCCUAGCAUAAUUGAAGCCGGCAAAUGAAGGAUUAACUCAUGAACUAUCAGUACAACGAGAACACCAACAUGAACUUUACCUCCAAUCUGUCAAGCUUGAUCUUAAAAUUGACGAAUUAGAAGCACAAGAAUC